AAACCAAGUCAUAUUGUUUAUUGCUCGUAAAUGUUAAAUUUUGUUUGGGCUUUUACCAGCCCAGCUUUGGUUUUUAUUUUAUUCGGUCUCCACAGUAGGCCCUUUUUCUUAAGCUCAGUUACUCCAUCUCGGACUCUCGGAUCUCUGAAAUUGAAUCAAAUCAAGGCGAAUUGCAAAUAUGGCGUUCUUCUUGAACAAAACAGGGAUUUCCUCCCAUUUCCGGUCUCAUUCCCAGAAGGCCGAAGAUUCGCUUUCCCUCUUGCGCCGUGAAUUCCAUGUCGAACCCGGGCCUCGUGAAAAAGCCCUUUUGGCUGAGGAUCCAUCUCUGAAGCCAUUCAAAUCAUAUAAAAAGAGCGUUUCACGGAUCAAAAGAAUCGGGGAUGUUCUAACAAUCGUUGUUGUUGCUGCAUACUCUACAAUGGGGUGGAGGGCUUGUUGUUCUCAAUCAUUAUUCAUUCAUGAGAAAAUUAAGUCUUGGAAAUUGACAUUCGUAUACUCAGAAACUGAUGCAAUGGUAUCAAGAACUCGUGAAAGGGCCAGACUGGUGCUGUUAUGAAAUAUACGUCAGAGCUGUUACGAGAGAAGAAGCCCGGAAACAGGCAAAUGCUGAAAACACAAGAUGAAACGAAAAUUGUGAUGUUGGCUCUUUUGUUGCAUGCUAUUAUUCUGUCAACAAUAUGACCUGUCACGAUUAACCAUAUUUUUGAAUAAGCAGACAAGCGUUGGAACCAAAAAUGCUGCUCCUUAAUAGCUCUUCCACCGUCUGAGAUUCACGUUUUUGGAUGAUGAACGUUGAGAGAUACAUUCUGGUUUUAUGUAUUUGUGGUGUUUUCUAACAUGAAAUUUGAAAGGACAGAAUUGGGGAAUUGGGGUUCCCUGUGCAUGAGCGUCCCUCACCUCAGAUAAGUGAUCGUCAGUAUCAGAUGCAAUACUUGUAAAAUUAUAACAUUUGUCAUGUCAAAAAACGUGCAGAAAAUCAUACCAACUAACAUUGCAUGACGAAAUAAA